AUAACAACUAUGUGAAUUAAAAAUACUCUUAACCUCAUUCUAUCAUUUGUAUGCGUGCAAGUUCUUUUCCGGUGAUACCUCGCCAAUAAUAAAAUCCCAAGAUGGGGAAAAUUAUGAAAUCUGGUAAAGUCGUAUUGGUCCUUAGUGGCCGAUACGCAGGCAGAAAAGCGAUCAUCUUAAAAAACUACGAUGAUGGUUCUUCAGACAAACCAUACAGUCAUGCACUUGUAGCUGGUAUUGAUCGUUAUCCACGAAAAGUACACAAACGAAUGGGCAAGACAAAGAUAAAGCAACGAUCCAAAAUAAAGCCUUUCAUUAAGGUUUUAAAUUACAAUCAUUUAAUGCCAACACGUUACACUGUAGAUUUAGGGCAAGAACAAAAAGCUUCAGACCUUAAAAAAGAUCUUAAAGAUCCAAUGAAAAGAAAGAAGACCCGUUUCCAAUAUCGUGUAAAAUUAGAAGAAAGAUACAAGGCUGGAAAGAACAAAUGGUUCUUCCAAAAAUUAAGAUUCUAAUUUGUAUUAUAUUUAAUUGGUAAUAAAAUUUAAAAAGUUACAUA